AUGUUUACAGACACAUGGACUUGGGUCAGGGAUACUGAAUGGAGAGACACCCCAAGAGACUUUGGAAUUCUUCCUCCAAAAGAAAAACUGAAAGAUGAAAUUGAAGAAAUACUUUUACACUUGCAGAACGAAGCACAACUGAAAUUGCAUGAAAGAAUGAAUCUUGAAGAACUAAAGAAAGUUGAAGAUGGCUUUGAUGAGGCUGAUGAGAAAGCUAUUGAUAUGUACAGACAGCAACACUUGUASGAAUGGAAAUGUCUGCAGAGGAGACAAAAGUAUGGGAAGCUAAGAGAAAGUUGUGGAAAGCAGUAUGCAAAAGAAGUUACAAARGUUCCAGAUGAUGUGUGGGUAAUAAUUCAUCUUUAUUGGUCAAGUAUCCCAGUGUGUUUACUGGUUAACGAACACCUCAACCUACUGGCCUAAAAGUUUCCAGAGGGCAAGUUUCUCAAAGCCAUUGUAAAGUGCUGCAUUCAGAAUUACCAGGACAAGUGUUCACCCACUGUCCUUGUAUAUACUAGUGAAAUACAAGGCAGGUUCACUGGAAAAGCUGAACAUGGGGGAAUAUAUCUGAAAGCAGAAGUGAAAAAACUCAUGGUUAGUUCUUUGGGAGCAUUACUGGUAAAGAAGCUCCUGGCCCUACAGUAUCUUUGUAAAACAGUUCRCCGCAAUGUUCUGCUGCAGACGCAACAGGUUUAUGUUAAACAGCCGCUCCAUGUUUAUCUAAUGGUAUUAAAAGCCUCGUAUACACAAAAGGGCUGA